AUUGCAGCUGUCCCCUGCGGAUGAGUGACGGCCACAGCUGGCCUGGCCUGCUCUCCGGCCCCUCCCCGGCGUGCCCCAAGCCCCCCUUCCUCCUGGGGGCCCCCCUCCCCUUUCCUCUUCCGCCCGCUGCCCCAAGUGUCAGGUUGCUGUUCUGAUCCCUUCGUUUCCUCCGCCCCCCCAUGGCCACCUGUCGCCCCCCCCAGCCACAUUCCUCGCGCCCUGUCUCGGACAGGAGGGGUCAGAUCCAGGGCUGCAGGCUGAGGGGACAGAAUGGAGGGCUGGACGCUGGGGCUGCUCCUAGCUCUGGCCAUCUCCGGUGCCGGGGCCCUGAACGAGGAGGAGAGGCUCAUCCGCUACCUCUUCCAAGAGAAGGCCUAUAACAAGAAGCUUCGGCCCGUGGACCGUCAAGGGGACCGAGUGGACAUCUUCCUGGCCCUCACCCUCUCGAACCUCAUCUCCCUGAAAGAAGUGGACGAGACCCUCACCACCAGCGUGUGGAUAGAGCACGGAUGGACGGACAGCCGGCUCCAGUGGGACGAGGCCCAGUUCGGGAACAUCAGUGUCCUGCGCCUGCCCUCGGACAUGCUGUGGCUCCCGGAGAUCGUCCUGGAGAACAACAACGACGCCACCUUCCAGAUCUCCUAUUCCUGCAACACUCUCAUCUACUCCUCGGGCUGGGUCUACUGGCUGCCGCCCGCCAUUUUCCAGUCUUCUUGCCCCAUCAGCGUCACCUACUUCCCCUUUGACUGGCAGAACUGUUCUCUCAAGUUCAGCUCUCUGACCUACACAGCCAAAGAAAUUAACCUACAGCUGAAGCAGCAAGAGGACGAAGACAGCGGGCGCUCCUACCCGGUGGAAUGGAUCAUUAUAGACCCCGAAGGCUUCACAGAAAACGGAGAGUGGGAAAUCGUUCACCGGCCCGCCCGCAGAAACAUCGACGAGAGCGUCCCGCUGGCCAGCACCAGCUACCAGGACAUCACCUUCUACCUCAUCAUCCGCAGGAAGCCGCUCUUCUACAUCAUCAACAUCCUGGUGCCCUGCGUCCUCAUCUCCUUCAUGAUCAACCUGGCCUUCUACCUGCCUGCCGACAGUGGUGAGAAGACCUCGGUGACCAUCUCCAUCCUGUUGGCCCAGUCUGUCUUCCUGCUGCUCAUUUCCAAGCGUCUGCCCGCCACUUCCCAUGCCAUCCCCCUCAUUGGCAAGUUCCUGCUCUUUGGCAUGGUGCUGGUCACCAUCAUCGUGCUCAUCUGCGUGGUCACUCUGAACAUCCACCAUCGGACGCCCAGCACCCACAUCCUGUCUCAGGGGGUCAGGAAGAUGUUCCUGGAGACCCUCCCCCGGCUCUUGCACAUGUCCCAGCCAGAAGCGGAACCAGUGCUGGGAUCCCAGCUGCGCCGGAGCAGCUCUCUAGGCUACAUCUCCAAAGCUGAGGAGUACUUCACCGUCAAGUCACGCAGUGACCUGAUGUUUGAGAAGCAGUCGGAGCGCCACGGGCUCGCCAGCCGGGUCACUCCCGCGCGGCGGCCGCCACCGGGAUCCGAAGAGUCCCAACAGGAGCUGUUCAAUGAGAUAAAGCCAGCCGUGGAUGGUGCCAACUUCAUUGUCACCCACAUGAGAGAUCAGAACAAUUACAACGAGGAAAAGGACAGCUGGAGCCGAGUGGCCCGCACGGUGGAUCGCCUCUGCCUCUUCGUGGUGACCCCGCUCAUGACCCUGGGCACUGCCUGGAUCCUUCUGCAGGGCAUGUACAACCAGCCCCCCUUGCAGCCUUUCCCAGGGGACCCCUUUACUUAUGCCGAGAAGGACAGGCGCUUCGUCUAGGGCCGGCCCGUCGGGGGGCUCGAGGCAGUGCCGUGACUUCAGUCCCGCGUGUUGGGGGCCCUGAAAGGGAGUGGGGGAGAGACGGGGAAGGGCCCCGAUCCUGAAGGGGCCAGCUGGGAGGGUACGCGAUGGGGCCGAGGAGCCCCCGGCUUUGGAGAGGACAGGAAAAGGGGGGAGGGAGAGUGCAUCAGGUAAUCAAUAAAGCGAGUCCUCGUUGGCCCCCGAUGUGCCCAGUUCCAUUCGGGGUCAGGGCAGGGGAAAUGGGCUGCCAGAUCCCAGAAGCAGCCAUGGCGGUCUCUGAAGAGGCCGUGCGGGGAGCGCGCUCAGUUCUCGAGUAGACUUACGGGCCUUCUCUCGGGGGAGAUCAGUGAAGUCACGUCUCAAAUCCAAAGGUUACGAAUGGCUUUUGAGCCUCACGGUAAUCUGGUCUCUAUCGGGGCUCUUAUUAUACCCAUUUGGAACACGAGGAGACUGAGGCUUAGGCAAGGGAAUGCCUCGUCCAGCUUCUCCCAGGGAGGCUCUGAUGCUGCUGCCUGGGCCGGCCCCUGCCUCCCACUGUCUCCUUCCCCUCAUUCCUGUGCCUGAGUGUGUCUAGAGCCCUACUGCCUGAGAGGUGGAAAGGAGCCCCCAAACCAUCCUAGUAUCCGAGGCUACAGCUGAGAGGGCCUUCUCAGGCCACUUCUUCCAGCCCCUUCCUGUUACAAAUGAGGAAAUUUAGGCCCAGGAAAGGGAAGUGACUUAUUUACUCAGUCACACAAAGUUGGACUCAAGUCCACUGAGUCCAAAUCCAGCAUUCUUUACGCUUCAAAUUGCCUUUCCAAUCCAUGUCUCUUAUCAAAAUCACCAAGCAUGGCCAUCUUCUUCCUCUCUGAAGAAUUGCAAACAUGGAGGACUUACUACCCGUCCGUCCAGAUUUUCCUUAAAGACCUCCAGAGAUAGAGAACUCACUCCUUCUAAGAAAUCUUACUUCAGCUCUAAUUUGGGGGGAAUUUUUCCUUACCUAAAUCCCAAAUCUGCCCAUCCACGAAUUCUACCUCUCGAUCCUGGUUCUGCCCCGCAGAAGGGUCAGACCUCGCCACAACUCUGUCCUUCUGGCCCCAUAGAACUAGUGCUAUUUCCUCCUUCUUCAUUCCCAGAAUCCCCAGAGGAAAGAAGUGUGGCUUUUUAAAGGGCUUGUUGGGACUAACCAAAUGGGGUUGGAUCAGAGCCGGAAGAGACCUCGGGAUUCAAAGAGUGUGACCUCCUCCUUUUUAAAGCUGAAGUUCAAAGAGGGAAAAUCAUACGAGGUUACUCCAGAGUCAUCAUCAGAGAAAGGAUGGGAGCCCAAAUGAAAGAGGAAAAUGCUCCAGAGAUGUUCUAGCCUAACCUAGGCUAGAACCACAAUAGGGAACCAAUUUCCAUGGCCACUUAGAUUUCUUUUCACCCCGGUAUAGCUUUAUUUAUCUCAUUAAAUGUUUCUCCGUUGAAUAUAAAAACAUUUUAACAUUAAUUUUUUUAGAAUUGUGACUUCCAAAUUCCUUCCCUCCCCACUUCGAGAAGGCAGGGCAGUUUGCUAUAAAUUAUACAUACAAGACAUAUUUCCACACUAGCCGUGUUGCAAAAGAAAACAGAGAUAAAAAAAUAAAACACGCAAGAAAAAUAAAGUAAAAAAUCUGCAUUCCAUCUCCAUUAGU